AUGGCGCAAGCACAGCAGGUCGCCCUGGACCGGCUGGACAACAUCUCCCGCGCUCUAAAAUCAAGAACGAGCGAUGAUUUGCGAAAACGAUCCGCCGUGCAGCUUCGCGAGCUUGUGGCUGUCUGCCAUCGAGACCUAAGCCCCGAGCAAUUCCAGGUUUUCUACAACUCAGUCAACAACAGGAUCACACAGCUCAUUACACAUGGAAACGACUCGUCCGAGAGACUCGGAGGCAUCUAUGCCCUCGAUGCGCUCAUCGAUUUCGAUGGCGUCGACGUCGGCGUCAAAUACACGCGUUUCACACAAAACCUCAAGACCAUUCUUCGAGGCAAAGACAUCAACCCUAUGCAACCAGCAGCGAUCGCGCUGGGAAAAUUAUGUCGCCCGGGCGGCGCGAUGAUAUCAGAAGUCGUGGACUCAGAGGUUAAUACCGCUCUCGAGUGGCUACAGAACGACCGCAUCGAGGAACGAAGAUAUAGCGCUGUUCUUGUUCUCCGCGAAUUGGCCCGUAGUGCCCCAACGCUUAUGUACCAAUAUAUACCGACAAUAUUCGACUGGAUCUGGGUAGGACUCCGAGAUCCUCGACAGCUUAUUCGGGCAACAUCAGCGGAAACAGUUAGCGCCUGUUUCCGUAUCCUUCGUGAACGAGACCAGGACAUGAAGCAACUAUGGAUGGAUAAGAUCUAUAACGAAGCGAGAUCCGGUCUUAAGGUGAACACUGUCGAGUCGAUUCACGGCUCGUUGCUGGUCUUGAAGGAACUGCUCGAGCAGGGAGCUAUGUACAUGCAGGAACAUUACCAAGAGGCAUGCGAAAUUGUCUUCAAACACAAGGACCAUAGAGACCCGACUAUUCGAAAGACCGUCGUUCUUUUAAUCCCAGACCUUGCCAGCUACUCGCCAGCUGACUUUGCACACACUUGGCUGCACAAGUUCAUGGUAUACCUAUCCGGCAUGCUGAAGAAGGACAAAGAGCGUAACGAUGCUUUCCUUGCCAUUGGUAACAUAGCCAAUUCGGUGAAAAGCGCUAUUGCUCCGUACCUCGAUGGUGUCCUUAUUUACGUGCGCGAAGGUCUCAGCCUCCAGUCCCGCAAGAGAGGUUCAGUCGACCCUGUCUUUGACUGCAUUAGUCGUCUUGCCGUCGCUGUUGGUCAGACUCUCAGCAAAUACAUGGAGGCACUCUUGGAUCCUAUCUUUGCGUGCGAUCUCACCCCCAAGCUAACGCAGGCUCUCGUCGACAUGGCCUUCUACAUCCCUCCCGUCAAGCCGACCAUCCAAGAGAGACUACUUGAUAUGCUCAGCGUAGUUCUCUGCGGCGAACCGUUCAAACCCCUCGGCGCUCCACAACCAAAUACUCUUAGCUCAGUGCCGAUUAUUCCCAAAGACGCAAAAGACCCCCACGCUUAUGAGCACCGAAGGGCUGAGGUCAAGUUGGCGCUUAACACUCUCGGUAGCUUCGAUUUCUCGGGGCAUGUUCUGAACGAGUUUGUCCGAGAUGUCGCGAUCAAGUACGUUGAAGACGAGGAUCCAGAAAUCCGUGAGGCAGCAGCCUUGACAUGCUGUCAAUUAUACGUUCGCGAUCCGAUUGUCAACCAGACGAGCUACCAUGCGCUUCAGGUUGUGGGUGAUGUGAUCGAGAAACUACUCACAGUCGGAGUCUCGGACCCUGAACCGAAUAUCAGGCGGACAGUUCUGGCGGCUCUCGACGAACGAUUUGACAGACACUUGGCCAAGGCCGAAAACAUUCGCAUCCUAUUCUUUGCGCUCAACGACGAGGUUUUCUCGAUCAGAGAAGUUGCCAUCUCUAUCAUCGGCCGCUUGGCUAGAUACAACCCAGCAUAUGUCAUUCCUUCGCUACGAAAGACUCUCAUUCAGAUGCUUACUGAGCUCGAGUUUUCCGAUGUCGCCAGGAACAAGGAGGAGAGCGCAAAGCUGUUGAGCCUCUUGGUUCAAAAUGCGCAAUCUCUCAUCAAGCCCUAUGUUGAGCCCAUGAUCUCAGUACUUCUUCCCAAAGCCAAGGACAGCAACCCUUCUGUUGCUGCUACCAUCCUUAAGGCCAUUGGUGAGCUUGCGACCGUGGGCGGUGAGGAUAUGAUGCCGUACAAGGACCGACUGAUGCCAAUUAUUCUUGAUGCGCUACAGGAUCAGAGCUCCAACGCAAAACGAGGUGCCGCUCUACAUGCUCUAGGACAGCUUGCGAGCAAUUCAGGAUACGUUAUUCUGCCAUACAUCGAAUACCCACAGCUGCUCGAGAUCCUGCAGAGCAUCAUCCGAACCGAAGGGCAACAAGUACCCCUGCGACAGGAGACGAUCAAACUGAUGGGUAUUCUUGGCGCUCUGGAUCCUUACAAACAUCAGGCCGAGGAACGAACCCCCGAUUCUCGACGCGGCGAGGCCAACCAACUAACAGACAUUUCUCUCAUGAUGACCGGAUUGACACCUUCUAACAAAGAGUACUUCCCGACUGUUGUGAUUAAUGCUCUUCUCGCGAUCCUGAAGGACUCUUCGUUGGUCCAGCACCACGCCGCUGUGAUUGAAGCGAUCAUGAACAUCUUUCGCACCCUUGGCUUGGAUUGUGUGUCCUUCCUUGAUAGAAUCAUACCGGCAUUCCUACAAGUGAUACGAUCUGCGACCUCGACAAGACUCGAGUCUUACUUCAAUCAACUGGCCACCCUCGUCAGCAUCGUGCGACAACACAUAAGGAAUUACCUACCGUCAAUUGUUGAGAUCCUGCAGGAGUACUGGCAUACCUCACCUUCACUACAGACUACGAUUUUGUCCCUGGUCGAGGCCAUCUCGAGAUCGCUUGAGGGCGAAUUCAAAAUUUACCUGGCUGGACUGCUACCACUGAUGCUCGGUGUUCUUGACAAGGAUACUUCCGCCAAGCGCACUCCAUCGGAGAGAGUGAUGCACGCCUUCUUGGUGUUUGGUGCCAGUGCUGAGGAGUACAUGCAUCUCAUCAUUCCCGUCAUCGUCAGGACAUUCGAGAAGCAGGGUCAGCCUACGUUCAUCAGAAAGCAGGCCAUCGACACGAUCGGCAAGAUCUCUCGCCAAGUGAAUCUUAACGACUUCGCUGCGAAGAUCAUCCACCCACUUACACGCGUCUUGGACAUGGGUGAGCCUGUCCUCCGUACCGCUGCGCUAGAUACGCUCUGUGCGCUCAUCCAACAGCUGGGCAAAGACUAUCUACACUUUAUGGGUACAGUCAACAAAACCAUCAAUCAGCACCAGAUCCAGCACUCCAAUUACGAGCUACUUGUGAGCAAGCUUCAGAAGGGAGAGGUACUGCCACAGGACUUGAGCUCUGGUGUUGACUUUGCUGAUGGCGCAGACGAGACUCCUUUUGCGGACCAGGGCACUAAGAAGCUGGAGAUGAAUGCCAUUCAUUUGAAGGCUGCUUGGGAUACUAAAGGCAAAUCCACAAAGGAGGAUUGGCAAGAGUGGCUGCGACGCUUCAGUACAACAUUGCUUACCGAAUCACCGAACCAUGCUCUCCGAGCUUGUGCCAGCCUCGCCAGCGUGUAUCUACCUCUGGCUCGAGAGCUCUUUAACUCAGCGUUCGUGUCUUGCUGGAGCGAGCUCUAUGAACAGUUCCAAGACGAGCUCAUCCAGAACAUUGAGAGCGCUAUAAAAUCCGAGAACGUCCCACCUGAUCUGCUUGGCCUCCUACUCAACCUCGCCGAGUUUAUGGAGCAUGACGACAAGGCUUUGCCGAUCGACAUUCGAGUUCUCGGUAGGGAGGCAGCUCGCUGUCACGCGUACGCAAAGGCUUUGCACUACAAGGAACUCGAGUUCCUGCAAGACCAGAGCAGCGGUGCAGUCGAGGCCCUGAUCGUUAUCAACAAUCAGCUCCAACAGUCCGAUGCUGCUAUCGGUAUUCUCCGCAAAGCUCAACUGUAUAAGGAAGGCAUACAGCUGCGGGAGACCUGGUUCGAGAAGCUGGAGCGUUGGGAAGAGGCGCUGGCGUUUUAUGAAAAGCGUGAGGAGGAGGUGCCUGAGGAUCAGGCUAUACCCGUUGACAUCGUCAUGGGUAAGAUGCGUUGUCUGCAUGCUUUGGGAGAGUGGGAGGCUUUGGCUUCAUUGACUGGUAGCACUUGGGCCAACUCUACGCCCGAGGUUCAGAGAAUGAUUGCUCCUCUUGCCACGGCUGCUGCAUGGGGUCUGAAUAAGUGGGAUUCCAUGGACAACUAUCUCUCAUCGCUCAAGAGAUACUCACCCGAUCGAUCAUUCUUCGGUGCGAUUUUGGCGCUCCACCGAAAUCAGUUCCGCGAGGCGAUUGCAUGCGUUCAGCAAGCUCGUGAAGGCCUGGAUACCGAGUUGAGUGCGUUGGUUAGUGAGUCGUACAACCGGGCAUACCAAGUCGUCGUUCGCGUACAGAUGCUUGCUGAGCUUGAGGAGCUCAUCGUCUACAAGCAAUGCGACGAGAAGAAGCAGGCCAUAAUGCGACGAACCUGGGAGACUCGACUGAAGGGUUGUCAGAGGAACGUCGAGGUUUGGCAGCGCAUGCUCAGACUACGGGCCAUAGUGAUUGCGCCGACGGAGAAUAUGCACAUGUGGAUCAAGUUUGCCAACCUUUGCCGCAAGUCUGGACGAAUGGGACUGGCCGAGAAGUCGCUUAAACAACUCAUUGGAACCGACGCUCCUCUCAUAUCAGCAAUUCCUUAUUGGAACGAGCAGCGACAGCCAGCAUCCAACCCCAGAGCUGCACCGGCCGCGCAGGUCAUCUAUGCCGUACUCAAGUACCAGUGGGAGCUUGGACAGCAGCUGCCCGUCAACAAGAAGGGCAGCAUACCGGAGAAGACGCUGUACUGCCUGCGCAAGUUUACCAACGAUGCUGCGCACCGUCUCGAGGUUGCCAGGGCCCACCUCGCUGCCCAAGCUGGCAACGAUGCCAGCAUCACUGGCGACUAUGGAUUCCAGAACCCGAUGGAUCCUACCCUCAUAAGCCCACAUACCUCACGAGCGCUGUAUGACCAAACAGUCCUCCUUGCCAAGUGCUAUCUGCGCCAGGGAGAGUGGCUGAUUGCGCUCAACAAGGAUGAUUGGCAGUACACUCAGGUUCAAGACAUUCUUUUGUCUUACUCUCAGGCGACCAAGUACAAUCCUCGAUGGUACAAGGCCUGGCAUGCUUGGGCGCUGGCCAAUUUUGAGAUUGUGCAGACACUCACAGCCGGAAAUGAAGGACACUUGUCGAGGACGGACCAGAGUAUGGUGAUUGAUCACGUGGUUCCCGCUGUCAAGGGCUUCUUCAAAUCCAUUGCACUUUCACAGGGAAGCUCCCUUCAGGAUACUCUUCGAUUGUUGACACUCUGGUUCACUCAUGGUGGAAGUUCAGAUGUCAACGUAGCCGUUACCGAAGGCUUCGCUAAUGUCAGCGUGGACACAUGGCUCGAAGUCAUUCCUCAGCUGAUUGCCCGCAUCAACCAGCCUAACAAGCGAGUUCAGCAAUCGGUGCACAACCUUCUUGCAGAUGUCGGACGAGCUCAUCCUCAGGCUCUGGUCUACCCUCUCACUGUCGCCAUGAAAUCUUGGCAGAACACGCGUAGAUCUCGUUCUGCAGCUCAAAUUAUGGAUAGCAUGAGACAGCACAGCGCAAACCUAGUCGCUCAGGCCGACACGGUCAGUCAUGAACUGAUUCGUGUCGCCGUCUUGUGGCAUGAGCUUUGGCAUGAGGGAUUGGAGGAAGCUUCGCGAUUGUACUUUGGUGAUAGCAACAUUGAAGGUAUGUUUGCAACACUGGCGCCUCUCCACGAACUCCUGGAGCGUGGACCCGAGACUCUGCGCGAGAUCUCCUUUGCACAGGCUUUCGGUCGCGAUCUUAAGGAGGCGCAAGACUGGUGCCGACAGUACGAGACAAGCCAAGACGUCAACGACCUGAACCAGGCGUGGGAUCUGUAUUAUCAGGUAUUCCGCAGAAUAAGUAGACAGCUACCGCAGGUGACCACCCUGGAGUUGACGUACUGCUCGCCCAAGCUUCUUAACGCGAAGAACUUGGACCUGGCAGUUCCGGGAACAUACAAGAGCGGACAGCCCAUCGUGAGGAUAAUGUCCUUUGACACAACGUUUAGUGUUAUCAACUCUAAGCAACGUCCACGAAAGCUCAACGUCAACGGCAGUGACGGCAAGUCGUACGCGUUCCUGCUCAAGGGCCACGAGGAUAUCCGCCAGGACGAACGAGUUAUGCAGCUGUUCGGCCUGUGCAACACGCUCCUCUCCCACGACUCGGAAUGCUUCAAGCGCCACCUCAACAUUCAGCGCUACCCUGCCAUCCCGCUCUCGCAGAAUAGCGGUCUGCUCGGGUGGGUUCCCAACAGCGACACCCUGCACGUUCUUAUUAGGGAGUAUCGUGAGAGUCGCAAGAUCCUGCUCAACAUUGAACACCGCAUCAUGCUCCAGAUGGCGCCUGACUACGAUAACCUCACCUUGAUGCAGAAAGUCGAGGUGUUUGGCUAUGCGCUCGACAACACCACGGGACAGGACCUGUACCGUGUUCUCUGGCUCAAGUCAAAGUCUUCUGAGGCUUGGCUUGAGAGACGAACCAACUACACUCGUUCUCUCGGUGUCAUGUCGAUGGUGGGAUACAUUCUGGGACUGGGUGAUCGCCAUCCUUCCAACUUGAUGCUUGACCGCGUCACUGGAAAGAUUAUUCACAUCGAUUUCGGUGAUUGUUUCGAGGUGGCGAUGAAGAGAGAGAAAUACCCGGAGAGGGUUCCCUUCCGACUCACUCGCAUGCUGACCUAUGCUAUGGAAGUUAGCAACAUUGAGGGUAGCUUUAGAAUCACAUGCGAGAACGUGAUGAGGGUUCUACGAGACAACAAAGAGAGCGUCAUGGCUGUUCUCGAAGCGUUCAUCCACGAUCCUCUCCUUACAUGGCGUCUCACAAGCGCCGCAUCCCCAACAGGCCCCAACUUCAACUCUGACCACGACACAGCCAUGCCCGUCCCCGGCGGAGUCCGCGCACGUCGCCAAUCCAUCCUGGACAGCGACGUCGCGCCCUCCGAACUCCUCAACGCACCCGAGCCAUCAAUCCAAACACGUGCUCGCGCUCGCACAAACAGCUCAGCGGGUGAAGCCUUGACCAACGGCGGCGCACCAGAGGUGGAGAGCCAGAACGCGAGGGCGGUGGAGGUGUUGGACCGCGUGCAGCAGAAGCUUACGGGUCGGGAUUUCAAGAACAAUGAGGAGCUGGAUGUCAUUGCACAGGUCAACAAGUUGAUCAUGGAAGCUACGAAGCUGGAGAACUUGUGCCAGCACUACAUAGGAUGGUGCAGCUUCUGGUGA